ACGGCUACAGAAAGCAGCGCUGACUUCUGAAUUUUUUUCAGAAACAACAUCAUUUCUCCUAGGCUGGAUAUCACUCGCUAACUUCUGAGGACUUUUCUGAGUUAUUUUCCCUACGAAGUUCCGAGGACGGAUUACAGUGACAUCUCGUUGACCUAAAUGAUAACGGGCAAAACCGACACCUAACCUUAAACAGAUUCCGCCUGGAUCUCUUAAUCUGCUGUUAAUUUCACCGUUAAGUGACAUCGUUGCUGUUCCUUAGGAAUUCGGGAUAUGGCCGCCUUAGCAGGGGGCAUUCCCAGGAUGGUGCGCCCCACGCCACCCCAAAACUACCCGAGAGGGGGCUAUUCGCUCGAAGUUUCCACACCUCUAGGCCAGGGCCGAGUAAAUCAGCUCGGCGGUGUAUUCAUUAACGGACGCCCGUUGCCAAACCAUAUUCGCCAUAAGAUCGUAGAAAUGGCGCAUCACGGGAUCCGACCGUGCGUCAUCUCGCGCCAGCUGCGAGUCUCACACGGCUGCGUGUCCAAAAUCCUGUGCAGGUACCAGGAGACUGGAUCCAUCCGGCCCGGUGCUAUCGGAGGUAGCAAGCCGAAGCAGAACACAAGUCCAGACGUGGAUAAAAAAAUCGAGGAAUACAAGAGAGAGAACCCGGGUAUGUUCAGUUGGGAGAUCCGAGACAAGCUGCUAAAAGACGGCAUCUGUGACAGAAACAACGUGCCCUCAGUCAGUUCGAUCAGUCGCAUACUGCGCUGUAAGUUUGGCGGAAAUGGAGAGGAUGAGGAGGAUGAUGAUGAAGUUGAAAAGAGGGAGCUUGAGGAAAACGAACGACGUGCUAAACACAGCAUUGAUGGCAUUCUGGGAGACAGAUCAAGUCAUUCGGAUGAGGGUUCAGAUGUAGACUCAGAGCCAGGUCUGCCUCUGAAGAGAAAACAGCGUCGCAGUCGUACAACAUUUACUGCUGAGCAGCUUGAGGAACUGGAGAGAGCUUUUGAGCGCACACAUUACCCCGACAUCUACACACGAGAAGAGCUCGCUCAAAGGGCCAAACUUACAGAAGCGAGAGUGCAGGUAUGGUUUAGCAACAGAAGGGCUCGCUGGAGGAAGCAGGCCGGAGCGAAUCAGCUAAUGGCAUUCAAUCAUCUGAUUCCUGGAGGAUUCCCACCAUCAGCUAUGUCAAGCCUACAGCCUUACCAGCUUCCUGAAAGUCCUUACUCUGCCUCCUCCAUCCCACCAGCAAUGUCAGAACAGGCCAGCACGGUUCACAGACCCCAGCCUCUUCCACCAACUUCAGUGCACCAGAGUGGUCUGGCCUCUGCUUCAGGAGCCCAAGAUGCUACUUCAGCCUACUGCCUCUCUUCAAGCCGCCACAGCUUUUCAGGCUACUCAGAUAGCUUUGUGCCUACACCAAGCCACUCUAACCCAGUGAACCCAGCUAUCAGCAAUGGACUUUCAACACAGGUGAUGGGACUGCUGAACCCGGGAGGUGUGCCUCACCAGCCGCAGGGAGAUUUCUCUCUCUCCCCUCUCACUGGUCCUCUGGAGCCCACUGCGGGCAUGGCUGCCAGCUGCCACUCAUCACAGAGACUGGAGUCUCUGUCUGGGCUGGCCAGCAUGCCGUCUCUCCCCAGUUCACAGUCUUAUUGCCCACCUAGCUACAGCUCACCAGCCUACAGUGUGGACCACAUGGCACCAUACCAAUACAGCCAGUAUGGGCAAAGUAAGGUGCCUUUCAUUAUCUGAAGCCCAAUAUCAGCUGAGCAGGAAGCAGCAAGCAGGAGAAUAGAGGGAAAGUUCUGGAUGGUCUGAGAAAAAACACCUGCUCUUCAACUCUUCUUCUGACCUUUGACAUCUAUUUCCAGGUCCAUGCCUACCCCCAGUUGCACCUUCUAUCUUCUCUCAUUCUGAGUGGUUCAGGUUUAGUGUGGAUAAUAAGGACCAAAGGCCCCCUGUGGUUAGUGUUCCAUUCUUUGACGUCAAAUGUCACCCAACACAAAGCUCACACGACCAUUCCCAAAGACUGCCAUGUAAGCAGUGAGGGAGAUCAGGAGGUGGACAAUGAGUUGAAAAAACAAAACAAAAAAAACAAAACAAAUGAAAUUAAAGACUGAAUAUUUAAUCUCAAAUAAUCAGCAGGCAAAAGUCUAGAGUCAGACAGGUGAAAUGCUUUCCUUUUUGAGGCAAAACCUGUAACUUUACAUUGUCAUCAUGAGAACUUGUUGCUUGACUUGUGAUGUGUUUGGGGAAAUAAGGGCUGUGUGUAUCAUAUUUUAUCAACUUCAUCAACCUGUUUCACAAGUGUGUGUGGGAGAGAGAAAUAGAAAGGGUGGUCUAGCUCCUAUGCCAUCAACUGUGUGAUGGGAUUUCGCUUAGGCCAGAUACAUGAGUGUCACCCUCACCCAUACAAUUACCGUAUAGUUAAAAGUGGACACCGAUUCCUUAAAGCAACUCAAAUUCCAUUGUGUGAAGAUAUUUGCCAUGGAAGAAAGGGAGGUGGGAAAGAUAUAGUGUAUGAGAGAAAAAAAAAAACACAAAAAUAGCACAAACUGAAAUCCAAAGAAAGUGCAAUAUACACAAUUUAUACCUCAUACACCAGACUCCUGAUGUAAUAAUACACAAGUAUAUUGUUAAGGAGCAAUAGGGAGAAGUUCCUAAUGAACCUUAUAAAAUGCUACAAAAAUAGCACUCAGAUAGACAUCGUGGACCUUGAACUGGAAAAAUGUCCAUUCAACAGGAAUGCUAAAUCUUAUGCUCCUAAUGCUGUUCAGACUCAAAACUUGCCAGCGUGUUCUAUAAUGUCUCUUAAAUUAUCAACACAUUCCUGUCAAUAUUAAGAUAUUUUAUUCUUAAAAUCUUAGGAAUAAUAAAAUUGAGGCAAAAUAAAAUUGGUGGCAUAAAAGUAACCUUAUUUAAAAUAGGAACAGGUUAAAAAAAAUACAAGAUGGGGGAAAUUCCAAAUUACAGAAAAAACUGUGUACUGCUGCUUUUCCUUACAAUAAACCAUGUAAAUUAUAAUACCUAAUUGAGGGGAAAAAAAGACAAGACAGUUAUUUUUUUGUUUUACAUUAGAAAUAUAAUUAUAAAUUUUCCCAUUUCUGAGUUAACUCAUUUGUACAUGACUGUCAAAGUGAGAAAAAAAGUAAUGUGCCUCCAACACGCCACCUGUUUUUAAGUCUAAAAUUCCAUGCCGAAGGUUAUUUUUUACAUCUGCUUUUUAUACCUAUAUGUUUUUUUGUUCUUUAUGACUGCAUUCAAUUGUUGUUGCAAAAUGUCUUGUGUCAA